ACGAACUACAAGGACAUUUCAGAUUAAAUAGCUAAAUACUCAGUAAACAAUUUAACGGUUCAAACGCAGUCUGCGAUAUAACUAUGCUUAGUUACGUUAGACAAAUAAUAGACUGCUGAACAAGUUAGCUAACACAGCUAGCUAGCAUGAUGAAGCUCUCUUUGCUUCUUCGCAUGGACGGAACAAGAUGCGUUGAGAACGUGAAGUUAUGAUAAAGACAUGUACCGUCUUUGGUAACCGUGUCACCUCACGUGCUCCAUUUGAAUGCAAACGUAACAUUGUAUCGAUUGUCGUUCAGUCUGCUUCAUAUGAUAGCUAUAUAUGUGGUCAUCUUUAUCUUGGGUGGUGUUGACCCAAAUGUCAUAACAGCUGAUUGAAGCUAGGCUGAUCAUUUCCAGCCAGUGUAGACAGUAUUUAUCAAUGUUCCAGCAAGUGUUAAAGUUCCAUAACAAUAAAUACCAACCCUCGAAAUGUAUAGUAAUGUACAAUCCAGCAUCCAGCUCCCAUUGCUGGUGAAGCGUUCAUGAUGCAUCCUCCUGAACGGCCUGGGGCGUCCCCAGCCCCGUGUCAGCAGGCAGCCUCGGCCCCCCAGGGCACCCUCUGCACCGGACCACUGCGGGGUCUCCUCCAGCUAGCCAUGCCCUCCCUGGGCCUCCUCCUCCCCAGGGUCCAUGCAGCUGUCAGUGUGGCGCCUGCCCCGGUACAGAUCCCCUCCCCCCUACCCAGCCUCGUGGGCAAGCCAGAGUUCCCAGACACUGGAUGGGACCGCAUUAAGGAUCUCUUCGACAGGGAUGAAAUGCAGAAGUAUCCAGAGGAGGUCUCUAGCGUGGUGAAGAGUACCUUAGCUGCCGCCUUGGCGGGCAUGAUCUACGGAGGGCUGCCCGCCGCCCGGCACGCCAGGGAGAGGUUCAUCAAGCUCCACCAGGCUGAGAUAUACCAUAGCCGAGUGGAAGCGGUGCGUUCUGCCCAUAACGCAGCCAUCCGGGGCUUUGUGAGGUACGGCUGGAGGUGGAGCUGGAGAGUAGCAGCCUUCGUCACAUUAUUCAACACUGUGAGCACAGGCCUGUCUGUGUACAGAGACAAGUAUACCCACAGCCACUACGCAGCAGCAGGAGCUGUGACAGGAGGCCUAUUCAGGCUGAACCUGGGUCUCGGGGGACUGGUGGCAGGCACGGCCAUAGGAGCAACCAUGGGGGUGCCGGCUGGAGCUCUGAUCAUCGCCAUGCAGGGAUUGGCGGGAGAAACGGUCCGGGAGAGGAGGAGGAGGGAGCGCAGAGAGCUGUAUGAACUAAAACUGGCAGAAUGGAGUGCCCGUUUGCAGUUGACGGAUGACCUGAUUGGUGAUUUGAACAGCGGUGGGCGGACCCAGGAUGUAGACAAGGACGUACAGAAGAUCCAGGAGCUGCUCAGUUUACCACGGAACGAGGGCGUGGCCCAGGACUCUGACAGCCAAUGACAGCAGCUGAAAAUAUUCUAACUGAUACCAAUCAUAGCUGUCCUCACAGACGGACAAUGGUGGGUGGGACUUUCCUCACCCCCGAGGACAUACUGGUUUCUUUUGAUGUUGACUACUCUAUUCUGUUUACUUCUGUUGAAUGGAAAAGAGGACCUAGUUAUUCGCUCAACAAAUAUGUAUUGAUGCUGAAUUAUGAUUUAUACUGUAAAUGUAAUUGCUUUGUCUGGAUCUUUUAAAUGAUUUCCAACGUAUAUAUUUAAUAUAAAACGGCAAUAAUGACA